AUGGCUCAUCGUUCCCGCCUGCUGCCGCCUGCAGAUGCCGAGCACUAUGACGACCUCUCCGAGCUCGAGCGUGAGCGCCACGAGAAUGACAUGCGCCUGAAGAACACGUUUGAGCACAUCUUCGAGAAAUACUCGCGCGACUUUACUGAUAUUGGCGACGAAAUCGACCUCGAGACCGGCGAGAUUGUCGUUAACAACGGUCACCUUGCCCGCUUAGAGGACGAGCGCGACACCGGCGAGGAUUUUGAGGAUUGGUCCGGAGAGGGAGAAGAGGACGAGGACGACGUGGUCGACGGAUAUCCCUACGAGCGCUACGGGGUUGCGGACAGUCUGGAGGAGGAUGAGCUUCUCAGCUCCCCACCACGCAAUCGUAGUCAACGCAUCCAGUCUGGGAUGCUCCUCCAUUACCCCGUUCCUCCCGUUCUGCACGCCGUCCUGCGCCUCCACCACCAGGUCGCUGUGGUCAACUGGGCGUUCAGCUGGCCGCCCAAGAGCGCAAGAUCUGGAACGAAGUUGGGUUUGAAGAAGAAGAGGGAGAGAGCUUUCAAGAACCUGAAGGCAAUGGCCAUCAAGAAGCAGAUUCUGUGGACAUUGUGUAUGAGGAUCAAGAUCAAGUCAAUACGUGGGCAGAAGAAGAUGACGUUAUGGAUAUCGAGGGAACCAGCGAAGUCGUCGAAGAUCCUCUUAGGAUCUCCGAGAUGGACGACAUAG